AUGUUAGAGCCAUUGCUGUGGAAUGACUGUCGUUCUUCUUCGGGUUUCACAAAUACGAACCAAUCCUGCCGUCAAAAGCCUCUCUGUCCUCAUCACUGGAGCUGGAGGUCUGCACUAGAACUGAAAGUGCGUUUCGCUAGAGCACCGGUUGGCUGUACAUCACCCAUCCCCGGCGCUAAGGACGAUAGUCCUGUAGCGUUUCCGUAUCGGUUGCGUAUUUGCCGUUUGAUGUAUAAGCCACUGCCACACGGGAGUUGUAAAUUGGAUCCGCGCCAUCAUCGAAAUCGUCGACUGGCGCUGGUCAAAAAGAGGGCCAUACAAUUAACGCAAACGUUUGCCGCGCGUCGUGCCAUACCACAGUACUUUCAGAAGCGCAUAAAGCAUAAAUUGCUUGCUAGAAAAAGUGCUUUGCCGAGAAACUGUUCGACCGAAAGUGCUCCAUCCGUUCGUGAACGGCCUGCUGGAAACGGAGAGAAAGUUUUGGGCGAAACUAGGCCCAAAACACCGGAAGCUGAACCGUGUGACACCAACAAUCGAACAGAGGUAGCAGAUUCAACUGAAACAAAUACCCCUGAACCACAUAUCGGUACGGAUAGCUUUGGCAGUAGAGUUGUUACUGUUGCAUCGCCUCAGAGAUCCGCCGUAGAUCGGGCAGACGCACUCAAGACCUUCAAGGAAUACUACUCCAUACAGUGCGCCAUUAGGCUACUUCUUUCAAUGUUACAGGAACGAAUGGAAGAGGUAGAAACGAUGCAGAAGAUAAUUAUACCCGUGUCCAAGGAAGAGGUGGUAGACGAGACUGCACUCGUGAUUGCGCACGACACCGAAUCCAACAAAGGUUUGGAUGACAAUGAUCUAAAUGAGAAGGAAGUGUUAAUUAAGAACGAACCCAAUAGAACACCUGAGCAUACGGCUAAGGAUUUCGAUCCCAAUAAAGAAAAUAAUGAGCCGCUAGUAAGUACCGUGGAGGUAAUGUCUCUGGCAACGGUUGCCUUAAACCGCGUGAACAGCACCCCCACUAAAGAGGAACCCAAAGAGGACACCAAACCGUACAGCUUCCUCGAAACAUCCAAAACGGACAUACUCGAUCCAUCCUACACUUGCGAUAUUGAGCUGGAACCACUGGAGGAACGCAAAAACCGUUCCAUCGUAGAUUCGCUACUGAACAAAUUUAACCUAUCGCCUCCGGUAAAGGCUUCGGUGCCGCCCUCAUUUUCCGACAACAGUAUGGAUACCAUCGACGGGCGCCGCAGCUUGCGAGAUCGCACUAAAAUUGCCGCUCGGCCAAGGUACAGUGAAAUACCGGAGGAACCGCGCAAGAUGCGUGUCUCGAAGGUGUUUGGGAAGCUGCACAAAACACUCAACAUUGAGCUCGACUGCACAAACUCCAACUCGUCGACGGAGUUCUAUGGGUUCGAUGAGGGUGAAGUGGUUAAGCUGGAUAAACCGAGCCUUCCCGGCCUGUUGCCUACACCGAUUGUUAAGAAAUCGCAGCCAUUUGCACCAUUCCUCACCUACGGCAGCAGCAUUGAGGCGGAGCAUACGAAAGGCGAAAGCGAAACGCGAAGUGAUCUUUUCCGCGAGGAAGGAUUGAUAUCGUUCGGUUCGGUACCACCACGGCUAGAGUGUCCACAGCGUCCAAACGAUAUGGUUAGGCCGCGAACAGUCGCUCAAAAGCGCAUCCUAGUACAGCGGGAAAACGAUAUUAGGUACCUGAUGAUCGAUAAUGAAUCAAAAAUUUUCCAUUUCCUGAAAAAGCGUAGUAGGAACAUUGAUGUGGCGCUCGACUUUUGUCGCAUGAAAGAGCUGCAGGAUCAACCGAUUCCGUUCACCCACAGUACAUGGCGAGCGCUGGCGUGGUUGCGAACGGAAAAAGGAAACUACUAUUUCCAAACAGUGACUAUUGACAAUCGGACGAUUAGGCUAUCCGGAUGCCGAGGCAAUCAUAAAAUGAAAUCUCUUUCGCGAAACUCACUAUACUCUAGUCCGGUGAUAGCGUCCCGUGGUCAUCGUUACCAUUACGUAAACAACUGUCAUUGUCCGCCUCAUCCUGAAGGAGUAAUAUUAAAUAUCUCACAAGAAAAUGCUACUCGGAACAAAUACGAAAAUGAUGCAUCUGAGCAAAGGUUUCUACCGUAUGACAGUAGCAAAUAUCUAUUUCGCAGCUCGUCCAGCAAUACCGGAUACCAAAGCAAACGUUCCUAUCCAGGCACCAAACCAGGCCCUCUGUCCUCAAAAUGUCUGCAACCUUCGCCGGAUGAAGACCCAUGUCUUGGACCGUUGGAAAUUUUUAAAAUGCCAAAAGUGGAGCUUGAGGUAUUUCCAAAAAUAAAUCGCCCACUGGAUGGUUUCGUGAAACCAUAUUUGAAAAUGAUACUACCCCACGAUGAUAUAACUGAGAACUGGGCACGAUUUGCCGUUUCCACCUUAACUACUCUAAAGGAAGCAAAGAAAGAGGAUAAAAAGUGUACGGACGAAAGUGAAGAGCGAUCUUUCAUUUUCGAGCUACCGUACACUAAUGAUCAACACCGGAUGUUGGUAAGAAGGCGUCUGCUGGCGUGUCCCGGUUCACCGAUGAGCGUAGACGUUGCACGCUUCACGAAACUUAUGGACGAGAAGCUAACGUUUCGGACUGCAAUUGAUGAAGCAUUAGCGCGGGGAGAACAGGAUCAAAUCGAUCCGGAUGAGUUAGUGUGUGCUGAUAUGCUUAGCGCCAUCACAGAUUCGGUGGCUAUCGCUCUAGCAGAAGACGUGCUCGUGAAGGACGAUCCAGAUAUCGAAUACCUGAAAAAGAAAGACGAUAUUCGUGUGUAUCAUGAGCAAAUGAGCAUGCCGAUAAAAAUUGACACAUCGUCGGAGCAAGGAGCUGGUGUGAAGACUGGAAAUCCAUCGCCUUCAGCUGACGUACCCAACGAUGUUGGUUCGGAUGCCGACGCUAUGGCUGCUGGCAAUGGCAAUGGAGCUGAAUGCAGUAAAACAAUCGAUGCUGCCAAGGCGAAGCUACUGUGUAUUGACGCAAUAAACGUUUCCCCCUUCCCCACUAGCCGAGAAAUGAAACGUCUCAACGCAACCAUCAUCGAAGGACCCAGCGAACCUACGCAGAGUCCUUUCGAACCUGGACGGCAACAACGAUGUGAUCCACAAUACUGUUCCAAAGGCUGCCUUUGUGAGGUGCUGUCUGGUUCGCAAUCCAUAUCGAUAGCCAACAUUCAUAGGAAGCAACACUGCGGACAGAUUGACUGCGUAUUCGGGUGUACUUGUGGUUUCACCGAAACAUCUAACAUGGCACAUCCAUCCAAGGUGGACCUCGGGGACGAUGAAGAAGGUGAUACAGCGUUGUCCAGAGCGGAACAAAGAUACCUUCGGGAGAAGGCUACAGCAUGUCUGGCGAAGGAAGAACGUGAAUUCACACCGACCGUCAUACUGACCAAGAACACUACGGUGCUGGUGCAGAAUAAGGAAUCUGAAUGCAGAAGGUUGAAGAAAAAACCGAAAAAGUAUGACGAUUACUACAACGAUCAGAGCGUCCAGUGUUUGCUGAACGGUGGCAGCGUGAAGGAUGUGUCUGGAUACAUAAGUAAACCUCCACCCAACGCGAAACCAUUGUCCGAGAACGAAAGAAUGCGGCAUGCGCACGUCUUGCUGAACAAACUUCCACAGCUGACCGAUAUCGAACCGCUAUGCAUGGUUCACGAUCUUUAUCGAUGCUUUUGUGGUGGCAAAGCGACCCAAGGCAAACCGUUUUCGUUCACCGAGGAAAACUGUAUUUCAAUAGCGUCAAAAUCAUCUGGAUCUGAGGGGCUCUCGUCGGUCGGCACUUCGUUUGAAGUUACAUCAAGUGGCCGUAUGACAAAAGGUGGCAGUCAUACAUCGGCAAAACCGCGCAACAAAGACCAGGAGGUGGUAGAAUCCCGUAUCGACACUACACACUGUUUGUCUCCGUUGGUGAACGUCCGGAAACGAUUGUAUUCUUUCGAAAAACCGCAGGGCGAACGUAAUGACGGGAAGGUAAUGAAAACUCAACAAGGACCAAUCCAGCGUAGACGGCGUGAUAGUUCUGAAGAAUCGUAUAAACCACCAAACGAGCGCAAAAUGGCAAAAAAGAACAACAAAACAACGAAUGAUACUUCAUCGGUUUCGUUUGGUGGUACCAUCCGAGCACGGCGUGCAUCGAUCGCACCAGCUUAUAUAUUAGCCCAGCAAGAUUUGACCCUACGGCGACCAUCGGUGGCAACGCAGCCAGCCUCCAAACAACUCUCCAUGGCUAUGAGACGAGCAUCGGUGGCCUCGCCUCACUUACUGUUACAGAAAUCAGUAAAAUCUUCUAGCGCGUCAUCUCGUCAAAGCGAAGCGUUCGAACAAAACACUGCGGACAAUUCACUUUACACCAUUGUUAAACCGACGAAAGCUUAUGGUUCGUCCAAAAUCAAUAAUCUCAUCUUGAAACGCGUUACUUCACAAACUGCGAUGUCCCAACCGGCAACGGGGCCGAAUCUAGCGAAAUCAUCUUCACCGUCCAAAGAUGCAAAACAAACCACCAAAACACCUAUCAAAGCGCAGGCAAAUAAAUUAAACGUCCCCGUAUUUACUGUUCGAAAAGAGAUGUCGGUGCGUGAACUAAAACAACUAAUGAUGAGAGAAUGUAAAAAUGCAAAUGCAGAAGAAAAGGAUGCACCGACAACUUCCAGCAGCAAGCUGACAGGUCCUGUGGUUAACAUUUUACUGGUUGAUAGCGAAGAAAACAUUGACAAUGAACCGCGGCUAAACAUCCUUUCCGAAGGUACGAAGAAACUAGUCAUCAACGGCAAACGCAGAUCGUUUGUUGAGAACACCGAAUUUAAGAAUGGUUAUCCACCAGCACGAACCAUCCAAUGCAGGAAGCGCACAGUUUAUGUAGUGCAAAUGACAACCGAAGAAGCUACUGUGCCGGAAGGAAAAUCAAAUACGAACCAAUCACCGAGCACAAAAAAUGUCAAAAUACCGCGGCAGAACAUUGAAGCGGACGCCUGUAGCAGUAGCAGCAGCACGUUUAAUGAUGAUCCAUCCAGCAAUAAUGUAAAACAAUUUAGUUUUGCAUCGAAACAGAGCCAUCCGAUUCCAUCGCAGGAAGGUGGCACUACGGAAGAAAAAACAGAUCGUCUGCUGUGUUCGUUGAUGUGUCAUAUUAACGAGUUGCUUCGGCGUAACAACCUUGACCUCAGCCCGGGCAAGAAAGGCAUCUUGCACAUCUGCCGCUGGAAACAGUUGCUUAGCUCGUUCGUGCUUGGGGAGAUUGAUGUGUUGGAUCUAACGCUUACGGACGGAACCGUUAUGACGAUUGUUACUAAAAAUCCGUCCGAACACCAGCUGAUGCCGAAUGUAAAAUAUCGGCUCAGCGCGACACGACUUACGAUCGAUAAAAUGAUGGACUACGAGCAACCGUCGCUGCUGAUGAAAAUGUUAGUGUGCCAGGUUGACAAUGUGAAACUGAACAAUCUCGCCCUGGUGCUGUACGGUAAUGAAAAGUUCUGGCACUUUUGUGGUUUCCUCAAGGCUAACGAAAAGAGCUUCAAGUCCGAUUCCAACGUGCCGAGUAAUCCAUCGAAACAAGCUAGUGCAAAGAUCAAAAUGCGCCUAAAGGAGUACUACCAGAAAACGUCCCCAGAUAGAAAUAUGAUGGGCAGCAUCAGCGCCAGAAGUGAGCGUUCAUCCUUACCAUAUGCGGUCACCUUGCAAGGGCAGCAACAAAGCAACAAACAGACGCCAUCGACAGUUUCGCUUAGCACGCAAUCUAACAUUGAAAUCUUACGCAAAGGCCUGCAACAGGUGCACUUUCCGCUGGGGAUACUUCCGGGUUUACCGGGCAAUGCGAACAGUUGUCGCUGGAUGCGGCUAAAAAUCGAGAACGAUUUUAGCCACAUGUACCUACCGAGUUGGCAAUGUUGCAUUACGUACGGUACAAUCAAGAAAGCGAUAUAUGAUGCAAAUCGGAUGGCAAAACCAAUCUGUCUGGAGACACCAAUCCCGAGGGAGCAGCUUAAGACGCAGUUACUACCAUACGUCUACGCUUUGCCUAAGGAAGGACAUGCGCUUUUCCUCGGCCCAUACAACAGCUCAGAGACCAAGAUAGACGUGAUUCUAUGUCAGAGUGUACAGGAUAGUUUGUACGAAAGGGAAGUCUACGAGCGGCUGCACGGUAUUACGUCGAAUGGCAACCUUAAAAAAACCUCAGGAUGGUGGGUCGAUGCAGUUACUUCACGGGUCGCUUCGGUAGAUAUGCUGGAUGUGCUGGACAAAAAAUAUAAGCCGACAGUGGAUCCGAAGAAAAUCAGCGUCCCGAACGCACCGACAUCUACUCAACGAUCUCUGCUCAAACGUAAUAACAUCUCAGCGACAGUAACCACUGGUACGCCUAACGAAACAACUAUCAUUGACAAAAGGGCAGAGAAAAAAAGGCCCGAUAAAGUCAGUGGUCAGGACGAUUCAGACAGUGAUGAUGUGGUUGUGCUGGAGUCAGAUGUAAAUGAUGAUUUCACGGUAUUGUCAGCCAAGGACAUGGUGGAACAGGAAAGCAACGUUGUAAAUGGACAACACCCGCGCAAAGAAUUUUCUGUUGAACAUAAUGCGGUAGAUCUGCUAAAGCUGGUGCAAGGUACGAUGAGACAAAAUCAGCAGAAGAAACGCGAAAUAGCCUUAAGCUUAGAGCUAAAACGCAAAAUAGCUUCUACACCACUAGCAGAUGGUGACAACGAUGCAAACAGAAAGCGGAUUAUAGUCGGAGGAUCGCCUGCGGUUGAGUUUGCGAUGCCUGCUAAGGUUCCACGCCGUUCAGACGAUUUGAAUCCAAAUGAUAGUAUAUCCUUACAUCAGCAGCAGCAGUUAAAUAGUACAAUUCAGAGGAACAACUUUAGGCGACUAUCGUUGUCGGGCCCACAGCUGCUGAAAACGUCUUCAACUAUGAAACGGAACAGUGCCAUUUCGAUUACUCCUUUCAAAUCAACGGAAACGACAGUGCCGGCUGCAUUGCCACAGAAUUCAGUUCGACUAUCUCAUACAUUAAAUAAUCAGGCACAGCCGGAAAAAAAAAUAACGACCAGUAAUGUAACCAAUAGCUCCAGCUUUAGGAGAAUGUCGUUGUCGGACCCACAGGCAUUGAAAAUAGCUUCCGGCAUGAUUCGCACUAAUGGAACCGUUACAAUCCCUUCUAUUAAGUCUCCGGAACUGACAGUUCCAGCAAAAAUGACUCAAAAUUCAGCUCGACCAUCCCAUACGUUGAAUAGUCAGGGACCAUCGCAAAGGAAUUCGAGCUUAUCGAGUGUAUCAAUCACCUCCGUCGAGGGUAAUCAAACAACGACUCGAGCGCCAAUACCGAGAUCUAGAUUAAACUCGGUCGCCGUUGAACGUUUCAAUCGAACACCUCCGACAAUGCUUCAGGUAGACGAGCAGGAGGACGAUGUUGUGCUGCUCGAUGACGACGACGAUGAUGAUACGAUGGUGAACAACGGUGCGGUGAAGACAUCUUGCCCAACCGCAUGUGCACCACGCUUGGUACAUAGGACCUCAAACGAUGUGUUGAACGGUAUUGCUACUCAAGCAACCGGGCAACAGACCUUACUCACUAAGGAGCAGUUAGCCCUUAUAUCGCGCAAGUUAGAUCUUAAAAAGACGGGACAACAGGAUGGCUACAAUUACAACAGCGCAGAAGGUGUGCUGAAAAUUUCCCGUUCUCUGUUAAACACUCUCCAAAGGGAUGGGAUUUUACAACAAUCCGUUGGUAAGGAAGCUACUAGCUCAGUUGGUAACGAAUUGCCCAGCAAUGAAAGUGUUGCCACCGUCGCUUCGAAGCCCAGACCAGUAAGCGCGGCUCCGGCUGCUACACUAUCGACGACAUCCAUCACGAUGCCUCGAAUGAAGGUCGUACCACGGUUGUCGGUUACACCUGCCUCGACUAAAAGGUCAUCCGACAGCGGUAGUGGUAUCGGUGCCACCGUACAAUCCGGUACCUCUGGCCCAAAACCGGCUAUCAACUUGAAGUACCUGAACGAAGAACAAAAGGAGAAAAAAAUACUAUCACAACCACACACAAGGGGUGUGCUGGAAUCGAAAAUUCCCGGACUCGGACUGGUGGAGGCCAUACGGUUCAACAACCAAGAGGUGAUCAUAAACUUGAAGGAGCUUACCAUAAAGAAGCAGCUGGUAAGCGUUCCUAAUCUGGAGGCUGCUGUCACAUUGCUAAAUCAGUUUAUCCAUCGCAAUACGUAUGCAUUUAAACCGCUGGACCUUGUCAUUAAGUGGCAGUUCAAGGAGCGAACAACCAUGGUGAAAUCAACGGAAAAACUGACCAGCAUUAUCAGCCAGUGUUGCCUUGUCACACCAUAUGGAUUGGUUAACCUGUUCAAGUCGGAACAGAUAGAAAUGAUAAGACAUAACGCACCGGGAUUGUACGAAGAUGUAUUGCAGAUGAAGCUAUCCAUGCUGUGCUUGGACAAAAAGAGCUACGAGGAAGCAAAGUGUCAUGAGCACGAGGACAAAAUAUAUGAACGGGCUUUGCAUACUAUUAAAUCAUUGGAGAAAAAGCGACAUUAUUUGUUGCAACAGGUUGGGUACAUCAGCAAACAGGUGAAAGCUAAUGAAAAAAAGCUAAACGAUCUUAGAAAAGCCUCUACUUCGACGGAAACAAACAAUGAAGCAACCGGUGGCAGUCAGGAAUCUGUGAUUGUGAUUGAUGAUGACUAA